CGGUGCAUAUAACCGGAUAUAUAAGACUGUUUCUACCAGCUCCCUCGACGUUGCUCUUUCUCUUUCCACUUUAUCAAUCAUCUCAACCGUACUCAAUAUCCACCUAUCCGUCGAACCAAUCCUCCGUUAUACCAAAUAACCUCCAUUUUAAACUACCCAACCCAAACUAAAUCAGUCAAAAAAUGCGUUUCACCGCUGCCACCCUCUUUGCCCUCGUCUCCCUGGUUGCUGCCCAGGAGACCACUCCUGUCGUCCCUACCCCCACCACCCCCGCCAUCCCCGGCGCUUCUGAGCUCAGCUCCAUCAUCGGCUCUGCUUCCAGCGCCCUCGAGUCUGGCGCCUCCGGGAUCCUGAGCAGUGCCUCCGGCGCCGCCUCCUCCAUCGCCGGCGAGGCCUCGUCCCGCCUCGGCUCCAUUACCUCCUCCGCCGCUGCCGAGCAGAGCUCCCUGAGCCAGGCCCUGUCCUCCGCCACCAACUCCGAGGAAUCUGCCGCCGCCUCCUCCGCUAUCGCAUCUGCUUCCAGCCGCGCUGCCUCGCAAGCCUCCGACGCGACCGCCAGUGGCACUGCCUCCGGCACUGCCUCCCCUGGCGCUGGUGCCCACCAGACCGCUGCCGUCGCUCUCGGCGCUCUCUUCGGUGGUGCUGCCGUCGUUGCCAACUUCUAAACGAAACUUGUAAUUCCAAUCGCAAGCCAUGAAUCAUUAAAUCGACAUUUUUUGCGUUAAAGCGGUGACGAUCGAACACCUUCCGCCGGUGCGUGGUAACGGAUAUUAUACAGCAUUGUUUGGGAAUUUUUUUUAGGAUUAUCAGAGAGAUAUCACGAUGUAAUACCAGUACAAAUCAAACAUCAAAUCCGUACAUUACCGAAAAGAAAUGUUUUCUGUGAAGCUGCUUGGCUACCCCUCGAGUGGAGUGUGAUGUGUGUAACCUGUCGGAUCAGGAUUCGUCAAGGGA